CGUCAUGUUAUCCAUAUGUACGCGUGACUGUCUGAUUUCAAGUCGAAGAUCGCCACGUCGAUCAAAUUCGAAUUUGUGGGAUGCUGCGCAAGAAGACAGCAGACGUGGUUGUCGUGGGCGCUGGCGUCGCCGGAUGCUCUGCAUACUUUGGCCUGGCCAAGCGCAAUCGCGCGGCGAACGGUGCCGCGCCGUCGACGUUCAAGCCGCUUCUCUUGGAUGCGAUUGGGCCCAUGUCUCUGACGAGUGCUCGCGGCACGUACCAAUACCGCAACUGGUGGCCGGAAGAUGGCGACGAAGCCAUGAUGCGGCUCGUGUCGCGGUCCAUUGACAUCAUGGACGAUGUCGCGUCCGAGAUCGACUUGAAUCGUAAUGGAUACCUUUUUGUCACGCGCGACACGAAGCGCAUCGACGAGUUCAAGAAGCAAGCGCUGCGCAAUGCACAACUCGGCGGCGGCGACUUUCGUGAGCACCACGACUUGACCAACUACAACCCGUCGACCAAGGCAGAAGACAGAAUGGACGGCUGCGAUUUGAUCUGGGGCCAAGACAACAUUUCCAAAGUGUUUCCGACUCUGAAAGGCGCUGACGCCCUCGCGGCGCUCCACGUGCGUCGCGCGGGUUCCUUGAACCCUAAAAAGCUGGCUGCGUAUCAAAUGUCGCAAGUCAAGGCAUUCUGUCCAAACGCUGAAACCCAACGAGGGAAAAUGAUCGACAUCCACUCGUCGGGCGGCCGCAUUACUGGCAUCACGGUCGGGCUCCCGAACGGCGACAAGGAGACAGUCGACACGCCGUCGCUUGUGCUGGCCCCUGGACCAAUGCUUCAAGAAACCCUGCGGAUCCUGCGGGAGAAAGAAUUGUUUGACACUCCUGAGCUCAAAGUGCACCACGAGCUGCAUGCUCGCGUGAUUUUCGACGACCCCAUGCAAAUCGCAACGUCGUCGUUGCCCUUGACAUUCAACGCCGACCCCUUCGACCGCCUCCCGUUUUCCAAGGAAGAGCUGGAAGCGAAUCCGUCGGAUCCGCUCCACAACGAAUCGUUCCCAGGAGGCGUGCACGUCCGCCCGUACCUCGAUGGCAAAUCGAUGGGUGUGUGGACUUACGACGUGAACUUUGUCGAGCCAGUCUUUCCCCUGACCAAAGUGAUCGAUCCCAGAUACGGCGAGAUUUGUCUGCGGGGGCUGUCGCGCUUGUUUCCCCAGAUUACGUCGUACGUGACGGACCCGCACAUCAUGGCGACUCUCGACGUCGACGGCGGGUAUUACUGCAAAACCCCCGACAACAUUCCGAUCAUUGGCAACACGAAGAACGGCGUGGACGGCCUCUUCUUCCAAGCAGCCAUGACUGGCGUCGGCCUCAUGUCGAGUGCGGCGGCAGGGGAAGUCUUGGCCGGAGCCGUCAUGGGCGACUUCGCCCCUGGGAAACCAGUGGACCCGGCGCUUCCAUACGCCUCGUAUGCGGCUGCGUUGUCGCCGAACCGAUUCGACGAUCCUGCGUACGUUGCGUCGUUGUCUGGAGAUCGCCAAACGAGCGGUCAAAUGUAGUGCAUCGUCAGAUUACUUGGAGAAUACACACUGGAUAGCAAAACUCGUGGAAUGCUCUCUGCGCCGCGAUUGUUUGCUUGGAUGUCUCGUGGUGGGAGUCGGGGCGGCUUCGUGGUGGGAGACGGAACGUCGUCGUGAUCCAUGCAGCAGCCGCAGUUUGAUGUCAUCGAACGAUUGUGUGUCUGUGUUGAUUGUUUGGCACUUGUCUUUAGCGCUGAAUGAGGCUGUUGACUCGCUGUGGCGCCGACAACAGCUCUGCACCCUCUGGCAUUCCUCGGCUCCUGUAGCUCAGAGCGUUCUUGCGACUGGAAUGGCUUGGCAUGACUUUUCUUUUCGUGAUGCAACAAUUGCCACCGGAGCGCUA